CUGGUAAAUUGCAAGCGAGUUGAUAUUUACAGUCAUUGGAGUUGUUCUUUGAUUGUAUCAACACAUGACACACUGUUUUUUAUUAUUUAAUCCAAGUGAUGGUCUAUUCGACACCGAUCUGGCAUAAAAGUUCCAUGAUGUGAGCCUUUCUGGAUCAUUAAAGUUAUUAAAUACAGAUCUGAGAAUUCUGGUGAUUGUUCAUCUGAAUUUAAAUCAUGGAGAAUACUAAUGUAGUUGAAGCCAAUGAUGGAACCAACUCUUUAGCUUCUGCAUCUGCAGGUCAACCACAAGAUUUACAGGAUAGGGAUGAGAUAUUGUUGAAAAAAGCAAUAGAAGAAGCAUACAAGGGUGUUGAAUGUGGACAUGGGGGUCCUUUUGGUGCUGUUGUUGUUUGUAACGACCAAGUAGUUGUAAGCUGUCACAAUCUGGUGCGGUUGAACAAAGACCCAACUGCACACGCAGAGGUCACUGCCAUAAGAGAGGCAAGUACUAACCUUGAUCGGAUUGAUCUGUCGGAUUGCGAAAUGUAUGCAUCUUGUGAACCAUGUGCAAUGUGCUUUGGCGCUAUACAGCUUUCUGGAAUUAAGAGGUUAAUGUAUGGAGCUAGAGCUGAAGCAGCCUUAGCAAUGGGUUAUAAUUCCAUCAUUUCUGAUGCAUUGAGGGGAACUGGAGCUUUUCAAACGACUGGUCUCGAGAUCAAACAAGCUCACGGCCAUCUUGCUAUCAUUGCCGAGCAAGUUUUUGAGAAGUUUCCUAAAUCAACUGCUUAAUAAAGUUUCAGUCAAUCUUUGGAUAAUUGUCCUAUGAAAAACAACUUCAUUUGUCUCGUAUUGGAGAAUGUGAGAAAUAUAGUUUGGCUAAAUUCAGGAACCAA